ACCGGAUUAUUUCUCCAACCGGAGAAGCCUCUCACAGAAUAAGAAAGCACAGGCCCUUGGCUCAUGGCUCCCCGCUUCGGGGCUCCAUCUUGGCCUCAGCAGGGCUGAGAAUCCCCUCAGAAGGGAGGCAGCAGGGAAAGAGGCCUAGCUAGCGCCUUCUCCUCCUCCUCCUUCUCCCUUUCGGGCUGCGGCGGGUGCUCCGCCCCGGGGAGGCCGGGCCAGGAGGACUCCUGGAGGAGGCUGCGUCGGCCUGAGAACUUGCGGCGAAGGCAAGAGAAGGUUGAAAAGGAGGACGUGUCUUAGAAACGGAGGACAUCUGGUCACCUCGCCUUGCUUUGGGAGGCAAGAAGAGAGAAAGGCAAGAUGGCCUAGUGGCGGCGUUUCCUGCUCCCCUUUCGGAGAGGGUAUCUACAUUAUAAUCUAAACAGGAAAAACACUAGGUAGAGAAGCAUAUUGUUACUCUUGGAAUUGAAAAGUUGGCAUUUUAGGAAGGAUUGCUGAAUAUACAAAUGAGAAUGUCAUAAUUUCCAGUACAGAGCUUGAAGACAAAAUUGGAAGAUCCAGAGAGGAAGGAAAGAGCCAGAAAACACCAAGAUGAAAAAAAGCUGUUAUUUCUAUCAACUUUAAAUUACCUUUCAAAGUGUACUAUAUUUCAAGGACAUUUGGAUGCCAUGACAGUCACUCUAGUAUGUGAUUCCUCGGAAGCUAUGGAGCUCUGUGCUUCUCAGCAACUCUAUCUUAAGCCAGUAGCGAAGUUGACAAUCAAUGUGGUGCUUCCAGAACACACUGGAUCGACCCAGGCAUUCUCUAAGUGGGAAGUGAUGGACAAGCUGAAGAAUAUGAUUUGUCCAGACCAGUUCACCAGUGUAAAAGUUUCAAAGAGCACUAAGGGUUUCAUUCGGUUUGAGGGAGAGGCAGAAACCAAGCGCUUGGUGUGUAGCCUUAAGGAAAAGCUCCAUGGCAAGAUGAUAAAACUGAAUGGUUUUAACGAUGGCUUGCAAGUGGUUGCUACAGAGGCACCUCCAGAUUUCCCAACUCCACAGGAGUUGGAAGCCAAGGUGAAUGAUAGAGGAUUGCAGGAGGAAGACUUUGCUGAACAAAGCAAGGAUAUUGCUGACUGCAUCCAUUUGGAAGGAUUGCCAUGCAAAUGGUUUGCACUAAAAGGCUCAGAUAGUGAAAUACCAAGUGAAGAUGUCUUGAGAGCAGUGUUUGAAAGCUUUGGAAAGAUCAAGAACAUAGAUAUCCCUAUGCUUGAUCCUUAUAGGGAAGAAAUGGUGGGAGGAAGCAUGAAUAAUUUCACUUUCCGUGGCCUGAGGACAUUUGAAGCUUUUAUCCAGUACCAAGAGUCCACGUCUUUUUCAAAAGCUAUGGAGACACUUAAGGGAAUGAAGCUGAUGUUUAAAGGGGAUGAUGGAAAAGCUCUUGCGUGUAAUAUCAAGGUCACGUCUGAUACUACCAGUCAUUUCAGUGAGAGUGCUAUAAAUCAGAGAACUCUGGAAAGAUUAACACUGCAAGGGCUAGAGCGAGAAAGAAGGCGGGAGGAAAACAGAGGGAAAAGGGGGACGGAAAGGAAAAAGAAGAGCCAACUUGUGUAUUUGCUAAGGAAGAACAUAGGCUGCAGUCCAACCUGCAGAAAAAGACGUGAUGAUGACGAUGAAAAAAAAGUUGGAGAAGGAAAGAGGAAAUCUAAGAUCAAGAGACGGGAAAAAAGACAGAUAGAUCAAGAUGAAAAACGCCCAAGAAAGCUGCAGAAGGUAACAGCUGGAGAAGAGUUGUGGCCAGAGAAUAUGCCUGAAUGGGAAGAGAGGAAAUACCUUCUAGCUCAGAGAAGAGUGGAAUCUAUCAGGCUGCUUACAGUGCUGUUAAACCAAAUAAAAAAUUUGGUGCUAUCAUCGAGGCAAAUAGGGGAGCCGUUGAAGAAUUUUGACAAUGAAAGAGAGGAUUCUUUCCCAGCACCCCAGAAACAGAAUGGACUAAAAGAGCAGAAAGACUCUCAUUCUCUUGAGAACCAAGAGCUAAUAGAUGAGAGAGACCCCAAGUGUCAGUCAGCACAAUUGGAUAAUGUGCAUAUUUGGCAAAGGGAGAAAGAACAGUCCAUUGGAAAUUAUUUACCUACAUCAUCUCGUCCCUUGGUAAGAACGAUUUUGAACAAGGCAGUUUCAAGAACCAUCACCAGCCACACGACGGAGAAGGAUACAGACUGCCAUCAUGCCUCUGGCUUGUUACAGGUCACUAUCACUCAAGAGUGUAAAGCUGUAAAGUCACCUAACACAGGGGAUUACUUACAACAAAACUUGAGUUGUUUCCCAAAAGCCCCUAAUGCAGGAAAAUCCAAGAAACAAAAGGUUUAUGAAACUGAGGAAUUUAUACAUUAUUUACUAAACUACUACCAAACCCCAAGAUAUGCACGAAUUUGUCCGGGGGGGCAAAACACAGCAAACGAAUCUUGGUGGCAGAGAAUGGUGUCUCAUAAUGGGAAUAAUGUCCAGGUCAGCCUCAAAAGCAAAGGUGGACAGUGCUUGACAGAAGUGAGUUUAGUACCAGACCACUGUGAGAGAGACUUCAGAGGGAAGGACAGUUAUAAGUGGAAAGUAAUAGAGGAAGAACCUGAGCUUGUGGAGAGCAUGCCAAAGAACCAGGCAUGUACCAGAGACUUUACGAAAAGCUACCAGGUACAGUGUGGUGACUCGUCAAAUGAGGCUAGUGAUGGUACCCCACCUGAUGAACUGCAUACUCCUGUUUUAGUAAGCACCAGUACUGCUCACCAUAAAAAAUACCAAGAAGAGAAUAUUGCAAUGGCAGUUGUACCAUCACACAAGCCAUUUGGCUGUGUGUAUAAACUGAAGGAUUUAUUGGAAGAGAUAAGCAGUGAUUCUGAAUAUUUUAGUGAGGCACGUAAUGAGACACGAAACAAAAUGGAGAGAAGAAAUGGUAGCUGCAGAAGUGGCUGUGAUCCAUGGCCUCUGAGCAAAUCAGGGAGAAGAGAAUUGCUGAUUUGUGUUCAAAAUGUGGCCUAUAGCGAUCAGGCUGGAGAAUGCUGCAAACGCAACUUCUGCUCCAACUCUGAGUGCUGUGACUCAAUGAAGCGGCCCAGGCAAAGGCUUAAAAUGGGAUUAAAGAGAUCCAGCAGUAAAAUACAGCAUGAAGGACAAAAAAUCAAAUGGGUAUCUAGUGAGGAGGAGAGAGAAUCUAGUAGAAAGAAGAAGAAGAAAAAGAAAAGGACUUCGGGUAACUCUCUGCCUGAGGAUGUACCUACCUUCUUUAAAACAAACCAUUGUGAAGACAUGGAGUCCCUUGGCAAGAUACAGAGAAAAUGUAGCAAGAUGUUCCACCACAAAAUGAAAUGUAAAACAUUUAAUGACAUUGGAGGAGCAGUAAAAGCAAAAGAUGCCAUCCAUUUGAGUGCCUCAAAGCUUCAAGAAGCUCACGAAGAGGCAGGUUGUGCUGCAACUCUCUCCUGGUUUGCAGAGGACUUGCUAUUAAGAAGAAAUGUUGAAGCCACUUCCGAAGGAUGGCCUUUGUUUCCUGUUGAAAUAAUUCGAACAAGUCCAUACCCGGAGGCAGUCUGUGAAGUGGAAUUCGGAAGAGGAUGCUGAUUUCAUUGGUCCUGGAAGAUGAUGGUGAUCUUGAAACUAUUAAAGGAGGAAGCUCAAAAUAGGUCCUUUUAUACAACUCUUUAAAGAAUAUAACUGUAAAGUAAACCUUUGGUGACCUGGGUAUUUUGCUUUGACUCCUCUGCAUGCUGGUGGAGGGAGAGCAGUGUUUACAAGAGUCUAGCUUGGUAAAAAGAAAUGGCAGAAAUCAGUCAGUAGAUUUAACAUCUGUACCAAAGAGGACCAAUACAACAGAAAAGGUUACCAAAUAUGCAUGAUUGAAGCCAUGUUGAAUCAUGGAAUGCUCAAGAGUUUGAGCUGAAUUGAAUGGUCCCUACUGUUGUUGUUUUUUUUUGGAUAGAUCUACAAAAUGUGAGUUCUGCUGUCUAGUUCCUACAGUUAGAAGAGUUAUGCCUAAAGUACUUAUAUAGUUGAAUAAAUAUUUUAAUUUAUGAGAAUCAAAAAGAAAGUGCCUCCUCGGUAAUUCAGAAAGGGGAUGGUGUGAGAGAAAAUGUGUUAUUUAUGUAAGGCAGAAAAGGAACAUGUUUAUAAUCCAUUGCAAAUUUAUAACAUGAUGCAGCUAAUAGCCUCCAUUACCAUAGUUUAAUCUUGGAAUGGGCAGCGCAUGGUUUAUGUCACAUGUUGUUAAUCCAGAACCUUUUUUCGCCCUAUUUGGUUUUUUGAAUGCUUUACAUAUUGGAUUUUGCUUUCCUGCAAUUCUCCCAAAUCUGCCUUUUGUUAGCCACAUGGGGGGAAAGGUACACGUGACACUGGAGAUCCACUGUCAGAUUUCAGGAGUUUGACUCUCAAGAUGUUCUCACAGAUUCCAUAGUUCUUUACCACUGGCUAUCCAAGAUAGGAGUUGGAAACAUUAGACCAAAAACAUCUGAAGUGCACAAGGUUGCUCAUUCUUGCCUUACAAUGAAAGAAUUAAAGCAGCCAUAUGAGGUUCAAAUUGUGAUCAGAGCAGCAAUGUCUCUCUCUCUCUCUCUGUGUCAGGGAAGUAUAGCCCCUUGUCCCCAUGGCACUUGAAGUAAUAUCCCAGUGUUGCCUUUUUUAGCUGGAGGGUUGCAGAAAAAUGCUGGCAUGAUGAAGGUAACUGGAUAAGUGUUUCUCCUCCCGUUAUGGGAAUAACAGUAGCUCUGGAGGGUGGGAUUUAAAUGGAAAGCACUACAAGGAGAAAAUAAUUGAACAGUCCCAUUAUACAACAUCAUUGCUUCAGUCAAAUUGGAACCUCAUCUGUCUUUUCCAAUUCUCUAAUUUUCCAGUUGACAAAUGGUUUGGCCUUAAUUAAAGUGGUAUGCAGAGUAGUUGGGAGUGCGCUGCUGAAACUGGGAAGAGCUAAACUAUUGUCACCAUUGAUGUACUUGUGUGAGAACCUGUGACGGUCAUACAGUACUCCCCCAAAUGUGUUUAUCUUUGUUGGUCAGUUCUCAGAUAUUACAGAAAUGAUUAUUCUCUUUUUUUUAAUAAGAAAGAAUGAUAGGAACGAACACUUUUAUAGGUUCUUCACAGACUAGUAUUCCUUUGGUCCUUAAAGAUCUGCUGAACAAAGGAUACUUUGAGCAGUGAAAGCGGUAUGAACUCUUUCUUCUGUGCUGGUUGGCAUUUUUGUUCUUUGAGUAAGUGACCUUCUGAAGUAUAUAACCAGAGCCAACAGAAGUGAUCUUACCUAGUUAUUUCUUAAAACUGUAUGAAGCCUGAAGAUGGUGUCAUAAUACAAUCCAAUACGACAGUCUAAACACACUCUACUGUCUUCAGUAGUAAUAAGAAAUGGUUUUGAGAACUGCAGGUUGUCUCUUACUGCAGCAGGUAGCCACAACUUCUAUGGAACUGAUUUCCAUAUGGAGAGGGAACAGCAACAAAUUUUGAGUUUCUGCUUUCACUUUAAUAUGCUUUAUUUAUUACAUGUCAUGGUAAUUUUCAUGUGAUAUGCAUUCCCUAGCAUACCACCCAUGUUUGUUAACUUCUGUUCCAAUAAAGUAGUAAUGAACAAAA